UCUACCAGACAUUUUAGCCUAAAGACAAAUAUAUCGUCUUUCACUGAUCAGGUUUAAAGGUGUUACUUUAAUAACUGGUAUCCGUCUUAAAUGUUUAUCAACCAGUGACCGCAAUAACGGAAAUGGACUGUAACGGUGUUUCUAUACCGAGUACAGGGCAGUUCAACAAAAGUUAAAAUCUUGAUUUAAAAUAAUUUAAUUUUAAACUGAAGUUGCGCAUCAAAAGACAUGGAUUUUCUUUAUAAAGUUAAUCAUUUAUUUCCAAGUUUACACGCGGUUGUACUUUUAUCUGUGACAUGUUUAAGCGUAUCAGGGUUUGAAUUAACAGUUUUACAUACGAACGAUGUUCACGCGAGAUUCGAACAAUUCAAUAAAUAUGGAUCAACGUGCGGCACGAGCGAUGCCCAAGAGGGGCGUUGUUUCGGUGGAGUGGCCAGGCGACGUACCAAAAUUCAGGAAAUUCGAAAUAGCCAUGACAAUGUGAUUUUGUUGGAUGCCGGAGACCAAUUCAUGGGCACCGUAUGGUUUACUGUACAUCGUGGUAUGGCCGCUUCUUAUUUUAUGAAGGAACUUGGAUACAACGCUAUGUGCUUUGGAAACCAUGAAUUUGAUCUUGGUGUUGAAACGCUUGCGAAGUUUCUCAAUAACGUCACGUUUCCGGUCGUAAGCGCAAACACUGACGUCACAAAUGAGCCACGUCUGGCAGGAAAGUUCUCUAAAUCUUGGACUACAACUGAAGGUGGUGAAGAAAUCGGCGUUGUUGGAUAUUUAACUACGGAAACUGCUCAGAUCUCAAGUGGAGGACCAACUGUGAAGUUCCAUGACGUAAUAACAGCAGUCAAAGAUGAAGUAGCCCUCCUGAAAGGCCAAGGAAUUAACAAGAUAAUUGCCCUCGGGCAUGCAGGGAUAAAUAUGGAUAAACAAGUAGCUGCUAUAGAUGGUGUUGACCUGGCUAUAGGUGGACAUACAAACACAUUCCUGUACAACGGUGAGAAACCAGCUGAUGAAGAUAUAGAAGGACCGUAUCCUAUUGUUGUUGACCAGCCAGCUGGUGGUAAAGGACUCGUUGUUCAAGCCUACACCAUGGGCAAAUACCUUGGUUACCUUAACCUGAAGUUUGACUCCAAUGGCAUGGUGACAAAUUAUUCUGGAAACCCUAUCCUAUUGGAUUCUACGGUUUCAGAGGACGCACAGAUUUUACAAGAAGUCAAUAAAUGGAGAGAGCCUGUAGAUAAACUUAGUGCAACUACUGUCGGCUAUUCCAAGGUUAUAAUGGACGGUGAGAGAUCUUCGUGCAGACUUAAAGAAUGCAACCUAGGGAAUCUUGUAACAGACGGUAUUGUGAACUUCCAUAUUAAUUUCAGUCACUCGGAAUCCACCUGGGCUCCGGCUGCUAUUGCUGUCUGGAAUGGUGGUGGUAUUAGAUCAUCAAUUGACAAAGGAGUAGUAAGUGCAGGAGAGAUUUACAGCGUGUUACCAUUUGGAAAUGAGAUAGAUCUUAUAAGAGUGUCCGGUAAAAACCUCCGAGAACAGUUGGAACAUUCCGUCGCAAAUUACGACCGGUCCGAGCCUCCCGGUGCCUUUCUCCAGAUGUCCGGACUCCGAGUUGUGUACAAUCUACAGAUGGAGGCAGGGAGCCGCGUGGUUUCGGCAGAAGCCAGAUGUCUGAGCUGCGACAUACCAAAGUAUAAUCCUCUCCGAGAUAGUGAAGAUUAUAACAUAUUUGUGUCGACUUUUAUAAUAAAUGGAGGCGAUGGAUACAAAUUUGAGGCUUCAAAACGACAACGUUUUAAUACAUUAGACGCAACAACACUGAUUGAAUACUUUAAGAAGCACAGUCCCAUGUUUGCAGAAGUCGAGGGUAGAAUCCGGUUCCAUACAGAUGACAUUUCAUCAUCGGGCGCUCGUCAUUUACCCACAGUUAUCUUCAUGAUUUUGUCAUUUCUAGUCAGAUAUUUGUAAAAACACAGAAGUGAAUGUUUUAUAUUUUUGAUACUGAGCUUUAAAAUAAAACCAGGGCAAAUGGACUAUUGAAAUAAAAAAUAUAUUGGAUACAUUGAUUACAUGAUUACAAGAUAUAAUAAAAGUCUCUCAGUUAUUUAAAUGGCAUAAAUAUUGAAAAUAAAAUUUGAAAUGAUAUGAAGAAAAUACUGAAAAUCUGUAAUUGAUUUAAAUGAUAUAAAAAUUGUGAGAAAAGUCAAAAGAUGAUUUGAAUUUUAAGAUAAAAUUGCAACUAGCUUGUUGGUUUAAAUGAUACACUAUUGUGUUUAAAUUCUGCAAGAGUAUAAUAUACAUAACGUUUUGAAAGUGAGUCAAUACCUACACUAAUAGCGAGUUUUCAUAUACCUAUAUAUUAUUUUUCUUGCUUUUCAUCUUUAAGUAUUGUUACUUUUUUCAGGUCUUUCAAUUUCCGUGUCCAAAAAAACGUUGAUUGAAUAAUGAAUCGUCCCGGUGCUAGGAAAGGGAUGAAGAGAUAUCGUGUUCUUGUUAUUGUCUGUCAUCAACAGUGGCAAUCAUUGCGAGUUUAUGCUUUCAACUUAAUAUAAAUUUUGUUUUAAACCCUCUCAUCCGAUCUCAACUUUCAAUGAGCUUUUAAGAAGCUUUUAUCUAUACCAGCAUACUCAUUGUUUAUCUGUCUGUUUUACCCCAAUUUCAACACGUUUUUUUCUUGUCAUAUAUCGGCGGGCGGUCAACCUAACUGGCUUUCCUGGCUAACUAACUAGUAAUAAACAAGUUCUUACCAGUAAUAGACGAUUUCUCCACAAGUGACCGGCUAUUAGGCACUCAUCAUUGGGGAGAGACAUUGACCAUUAGACUCAAUGUCCAUGGUUAAUUGCCAAGGAGAAAUUUCGCCUAAAUCGAGGAUUGAACCAGCGACCCCUUCAUUAUAAACCCGGUGUUUCUUCUUAUAGACCUUAGCGGACUGACUAGUAUAUCAUAUAAUGAUUAUUAUUUCAAUUUACAUGUAAUUUCAAUAAUACCGCAAACAAGCUUUUAUUUUUUUUCUCGAGUGUUUUUUCUUUUUCAUUUGUGUGUCCUGUUAUAGUAUCCAAACUGUUACUCAUUGGCCCAUUACCUAAACCAUCUUUUGCUUGCAACAUCUUUUGCUUGCAAUUAGUACAGUUAAAGUGGUUGAGUAUUUUGUAUGAAUAUCAUAAUGGAAGUCAUUUUGCUUCUUUUACGACAUUUGUUUUCACAUUCAGUGCUACUUUCCUGGGUGAUAUGCUUAAAACUAAUAUUAUAACUUCAUAAAAGUCAUGGUUGUGCUUUCUACAGAAAGAAAACUUUGUUCUUUUCGUAGGCAUAAUGUGCCUUUGAUUAUAAUUUUUAAUGUUUAUAUGCCUAAAUUGCAAUGUGUCAUGUGUAACACUUUUAAAGAACUACCCUGCUUUCUUGUGUAUUAUUUUUUACUACUGGAACUAUGCCCUUCUAAAUUGUUUUUGUUUGCAGUCUAUGUAAUGUUAAAAUCUUGAUUUUAAAUGAUUUUAUUUUAACUUAAUCUGAUUUUAUUGGGACGUUUCAUGUUAUUCACGUUCUUUUUUAAAUAGCUGCCAUGUUUUCUUAUGUGUACCAUUUACCUUGUUUGUCAAGCAAUAUUUGUCCCUCCGUGUACAUGAAUAAAUUCAUAUCUAAACCUACACAUGCAAUUUUAUUAUUUUAACUUAAUCAGGUUUUAUAGAGUGCUUUAAUGUUGUUUUUUCGGUUGAAUAAUUAUUUUAUUAUGUUACAUAAAACAUUCUAGUGUUGCUUAUGUACUCAGAAAAAUGUGUGUUUAUUGCAGUUUAUUUGUAUAAUUCCGGUGAUUUUGUAUCUACCGCUACAAACAUGCUCAAACCAAUACCAAAGUCAAGCUCAUUAGACCAAAGAAAUCUUAUUUCCUACUCCAGAAUAUAUUUUGCUUCUUCUCUGUACUAAAAUCUGUAAAUGGAAUGAAAUUGUUUCAUUUUAACCAGGUUUUGUAGAUUUUUUAUUUGUUUUUGCAUGGUUCACGUUGUCAGUCUUAUUUAAAACAUUUUACUGUUACUAAGUUUAUGAAAGUGCAAAUGUAUUUAAAAACUAUGUUUUUGUUGCAGCAUUUCAUGUUACAAUAUAGACAGAUGACUUUAUCAAUAAAAUACUUUCACGAAAAGGAAAAGAAAAAAGAAACAGAUGUAUUUUAAUUGCUUUUAAUCAUUAUUUUUAUUAUAAAUAAUCUUAAUAAAGUA